CUGGGCUGAAGUCCUGUCCCGCCUGCCUGGAGCGAAGCGAGGCUGGGGGCGCCUGUGUGCUACCUGCCGAGCCCAGGCACGGGGGGACCGAGCGCUACCUCCCGGGCUGGCCGCUCCCGCUGAGCCUCGCCAGGGCCCUGUGAGGCGGCUGCGGGCGCUGCUGGGAGCCGAGCCCGGGAGCCGGGAUGUCGGCGCGGUGCUGCGCGGGCCAGUUGGCCUGUUGCUGUGGUACUGCUGCCUGCUCCCUGUGCUGCAGAUGCUGCCCCAAAAUAAAGCAAUCUACAAGCACCCGCUUCAUGUAUGCACUUUACUUCAUACUGGUAACAGUCAUCUGCUGUAUCAUGAUGUCAAGAACAGUAGCUACUGAAAUGAAAGAGCGCAUUCCUUUUUAUGAGCACAUCUGCAAAGGUAUUCAAGCAGGUGAAACGUGUGAGAAGCUAGUGGGUUACUCUGCAGUGUAUAGGGUCUCUUUUGGAAUGGCAUCUUUCUUCUUUAUCUUCUUCUUACUCACCAUCAAAGUUAACAACAGCAAAAGCUGCCGAGCAUACAUUCACAAUGGGUUCUGGUUCAUUAAGCUUCUAGUUUUGGCAGCCAUGUGCUCAGGAGCUUUCUUCAUUCCAGAUCAAGACACCUUCCUUAAUGCCUGGCGCUAUGUAGGUGUUGCAGGAGGAAUCCUUUUUAUAGUCAUUCAGCUUAUCCUGCUUGUGGAGUUUGCACACAAAUGGAAUAAAAACUGGACAGCAGGCAUAACACAUAAUAAACUGUGGUAUGGCUUACUAGCUCUGGGCAUUCUCAUCUUGUACUCCGUUGCUGUGGGAGCCCUGAUUUUGAUGGCUGUCUUUUACACACGCUCUGAGGGCUGUACAUACAACAAGAUCCUGCUUGGUGUAAAUGGUGGCUUAUGCAUUCUUAUUUCAUUGGUAGCCAUCUCACCCUGUGUCCAAAGUCGUAAGCCACACUCUGGUUUGUUGCAGUCAGGAGUUAUCAGCUGCUAUGUCAUGUAUCUCACCUUCUCAUCUCUGUCAAGCAAACCACCAGAAACUAUCCUGGAUGAGAACCAUAAGAACAUUACAAUCUGCGUACCUGACUUUAGUCAGGGCUUGCACAGAGAUGAGAACCUGGUUACUGGAUUGGGCACUGCCCUUCUGUUUUGUUGCAUUUUAUAUUCUUGUUUGACCUCAACAACUCGUGCAAGCUCUGAAGCACUGAGAGGAAUAUAUGCAACGCCUGAAACUGAAGUAGCUCGUUGCUGCUUUUGCUGUGCACCCGAUGGAGAUGCUGACACCGAAGAGCAUGUUGAAGAAAGCGGCGGUCAGACUGUAAUUUAUGAUGAAAAGAGAGGCACGGUAUACAGCUAUGCCUACUUCCACUUCGUUUUCUUCUUGGCUUCUCUCUAUGUGAUGAUGACAGUAACUCACUGGUUCCAUUAUGAAGGUGCUGAGAUUGAAAAGUUCUUCAGUGGAACCUGGUCCACCUUCUGGAUUAAGAUGGUGUCAUGUUGGGUGUGUGUCCUACUUUACCUAUGGACUCUUGUAGCACCUCUCUGCUGUCCAACCCGAGAAUUCUCAGUGUGAGAAUUCACAAGCGCUAUUCUGUUACAAAUACAUCAGUCACUUUGUGAUGGAGAAGUAAGUCUAUCAUCACGUGUCUUAACAUGCUGGUUAGUUACCUCUUGUCAGAGGAAACCAUAGAUCUGAAGACUUCCUCUUUUUUUUAACCUUUUUUUAACUAUCUGAACAAAAAUGGAGCUCCAAGGGACAAAUCUAUUCAAAGACAGUGCUGCAACACUGAUGCAGAAGGGUGGGGAAAAUAUGGGUAAUGUUACAUAAACUGGAAUAAAUAAAGUUGUAGAAUAACUGACAAUCUGAUUUUAUUGGCAAUAAGAGCAAAACCAAACAUAGUGCAAAGUGUAUCUUUUCCUCCUGUGGAAUAUCAGAUACCUUGUAACAAAAAGAAAUGUAUUUGUUUUUAUACUUUUCAUUACUGAUGCCAUUUACAGUGAUGAUGAUGAUUCAAAUUCAAACUAUCCUUUUAUACCGCACACAAGUCUUGAUACCUGUCUCCAGAUAACUUUCUCCACAAAUGCACCUAAAGUACUACUUGAGUAGUAGAAAACGAGUAAGCGUUUGACUGGAGUGGGAGCUGGGCAAUGUAUCUGCUCAAAGGUUUCUACAUAUAUUAAAUUACUCAAUAUAUUAAGUUAUUACAAAUAUGGAAUGAUAGAGAAAUGUACCAAUGGCAAUAGAAAUAUUUAUUAUGUAAACUGAAAGGCACCUUUUAAGUACAAUUGAUCAUAUAUGAAGUGCUAGGACACAUAUACCUGAAAUAUUCAGAGAUGCUAAAUAUUGUAAAAGGAAAUGCUGUUAAUAUAUAAUCUGUCUUUUAAAUUCAAAUUUCUACAGCUGCUAAACAGUUGUGUAAUUCAGAACAGAUCCAAUUAUCAGCGAAAUGUGAAUGCUGCAUGUGUAGUUUAAACUAUCCUAAUGGAAAUCCUGAGGGAUUUGUUUUGCAAGUGGUAACUGAGUGCAAACUGCCCAGUCCGUACAGGGAUAUUAUGCAGGGUACAUUCUUUAUUAAAGAAAAAUCACAAUGUGUGCCACACCAACAAAGGAGAUUCUUAACAAAUACAGGGAAACAUUGCUCAGUGUCUUUAACCUUAAAAGUGAGUGCUGAGCAUUAUUUUUGUCCUCAACAUUUUUACCCACAUUUAGAGGUUUCCCUCAGACUUCAACCUCAAAUUUUCCCUUCUAAUAUCCUAAUACUUUAAAGCUGGGAUAUGGCCAGGAAAGGAACUAUGUACAAUGGCAUCACUUUAUUCAAUGUGUCAGCUUCUUGGGUAUUUAGAGUUGUGCACUUUCGGGGGGGAAAAUAUUUUUCUACUUCUUUACUCCAGCUAGCUAUAAUAGCACAGCAGUGCUUUGAGUGUGAGAGCGAAAUUCUGUUCUGGUGACACAUCAACAACAGAUUGGCCAGUUAACGUCCAUGUGGAAAAUCUUCCCAGCAAGUUAAAUUAUUUUUUUAAUAUGAAUGGAAUAAACAUGGUCAGGAGACUACUGAGCCAAUAAACAUGAACCCUUCAUUGCCAUGAUUAGUAAGUUUUCCUGGUUAGAACUACUCUUUAAAUAUAUCAGUUAUUUGGUAGGUAAAUAAAAAGAAAACUAAUAUGAAUCCUUCUGAAUUUCAGUAGAUUUGAAACUAACCAGUUUGUCAAAUUAAAAUAAAACAAAGAAAAAGAGAAAACUAUCCACUUUGAUAUGCUGUCUGUUGAACUACAAAAAGUUAAGUAUCAGAGGGGUAGCCGUGUUAGUCUGGAUCUGUA